CCCACUUCCGGUACUUACGACAACAUUGCCUAGGCGCAGUGCACAUGGAGAUCUGUAACCACUGGUAGAAUUUUGUCUUGACAUUUUCCAUUAAAUUACACCACUGUAAUUUGUGUUAGGUGACAGCACCACUGUUAUUAUGGGUAAGAAGAAGGCAGGUGGAGGAGCCGGACUGGGUAGAGCUCUGAUAAAGGAAAGACUACAGGCAGGCCGAGGAAACAAGAGGGGCGACUCAUGGAUCCACACCAGUGAGCUGAAUGAUGGCUAUGACUGGGGACGGCUGAACCUGCAGUCAGUGACAGAGCAGAGCUCUAUGGAUGACUUUUUGGCCACUGCCGAACUGGCAGGAACAGAGUUUGUUGCUGAGAAACUCAACAUAAAGUUUGUGCCAGCUGAAGCUAGAGCUGGUUUAUUAACAACAGAGGAGAGAGACAGGCUGAAGAAGCUGCAUGAAGAAAAUAGGCAUUUCCUCAGGAUUCCUCGACGACCCCACUGGGAUGAGAGCACCAGUUCAGAAGCACUUCAGCUUGCAGAGAAGGACAGCUUCUUGGAAUGGAGACGGGAGCUUGCAGAGCUGGAGGAGGAACAGAAGUUAUUUCUCACCCCAUUUGAGAGGAACCUGGAGUUCUGGAGACAGCUGUGGAGAGUGAUCGAGAGGAGUGACAUCGUUGUUCAAAUCGUUGAUGCCAGAAAUCCAUUGUUGUUCAGAUGCCCUGACAUGGAGUUGUAUGUAAAGGAAGUGUCAGAGCAAAAGGUGAACAUGCUGUUGGUGAACAAGGCCGACUUGCUGACCAGAGAGCAGAGACGAGCCUGGGCCAGGCACUUUCAGAAAGAAGGACUCAGAGCAGUUUUCUGGUCUGCGUUGGCUGAAGGCAACAGACUGGAUGCAGAGGAGAAGGGCAUGGAAGUGGAGGAUGAAGAAUGUGAACAAAGUGAUGAAGAAGAGGAGGGAAAGCCAGAUAAUGAAGACGUCAAGGCUGUAAAGAGGGCAGAUGCAGAGUCUGAGAUGAAGACAACAGAAGAUGAGGAUGAAGAAGAGCAGCAGGUAAGGAUAACUGUGGAAGAAGAGGACUGGCACACCUGCUCAGAAGAUGAGGGGGAAGAAGAAGAAAGCGCAGCUGGUUCAUCCAGCUCCUCCUUCCGUAACUCAAGCCGCUUGCUGCAUAAAGACGAACUGCUGGAGAUAUUUAAGGCUGCUCACAGCGGGACCAAGUGUAAAGACGGACAGCUGACAGUGGGACUGGUUGGGUAUCCUAACGUGGGAAAGAGUUCCACCAUCAACACUAUUCUGAGGAAUAAGAAGGUUUCGGUUUCAGCCACUCCUGGACACACUAAGCACUUUCAGACUCUCUAUGUGGAGCCUGGUCUGUGCCUGUGUGACUGCCCAGGUCUUGUCAUGCCCUCCUUUGUUUCAACCAAAGCUGAGAUGAUCUGCUGUGGGAUUCUGCCGAUUGACCAGAUGAGAGAUCAUGUACCUGCAGUGUCUCUUAUAUGUCAAUCGGUCCCCCGACAUGUGUUAGAAGGCACCUACGGCAUCAACAUCAUCCGACCACGAGAAGAUGAAGACCCUGACAGACAACCCACCUCUGAAGAGCUGCUCAUGGCUUACGGAUACAUGAGAGGCUUUAUGACGGCACACGGCCAGCCUGAUCAGUCCAGAUCAGCCCGUUACAUCCUGAAGGAUUUUGUCAACGGCAAACUUCUAUACUGCCAUCCUCCACCUCAUAUCAAUGCUGAGGACUUCCAGCCGCAGCACAGCAAGUUCCUAAACAGAGAUGAGGACAUGUGUGAUCUCUCUGGGACAACAGACAGACCAAGGAUCAAAAGAAUUGAAAAUGUGGUUGACAAGAACUUCUUCCAUCAGGAAAAUGUGCGAGCGCUCUCCAAGGGGGUCCAGUCUGUCAUGGGCUAUAAACCAGGUAGUGGACCAGUAGGCCCUGGAAAAACUGGACCGGAGAUGGUGGCGGGAAAACCCUGGAAGAAACACGGCAACAAAAACAAGAAGGAGAAAGUACGCCGUCUAAACAAGCAUCUGGAUGCCUGAUGAUGAUCUGAAAUCAAGGGACUUUUAACUACAGAUCAUUUCUGCAAUCAAGAGAAACAUGAAAAUACAGUUUAUUUGUGAUUCCAAAGGAAUUAAGAUAAGCAGUAGGCUUAAGUAGAUCCAGACCCAUUAUUUCAAUGUGUAUGAAAAGUGCAGGUUUUUCUGGUCAAAGAGAUGCAUCAUCCAUCAUGUCCUUCUCUGUUCUGAAGAUCAUAUUGAUGCAGUGGAUCACCAGUUAUACACCUGAACUCAUUGCAGGUUUCAGGAAUUUUCCAGAGGGUGCAAAUCUAAAAAAAAAAAAAUAUAACAACACCUCACUUUAUAUUAUAAAAUACACUUCAUUAUUCAGAUAUAAUACUGUAUGUUGGGGUUUGCCUGGUUCCAUAAACAGGUGUGAUUCAUGUAAAGAUUUAUAAUGAAAUAAAUUGGAAGUUUUCAUGUCA